GAGAUCAUGGAACGGCGGAAGCGGAGGUGCAGCGACGGGACGACUCCGCGCUACAUCCCUCCACCGAUCCAAUCCCGAUGCGCUCUGUAUCGUACGAUGAACCUCGCCCCGUCUGCGCCGAUCUGAUGAGGCAUGAUCGUGCUUGACAUGACACAUGACAUGGGCGGAUAUGACAUCAUGGCGUCGGCCCAUCUAGCGGUGUGAUCAGCUGCCACCAACAGCCAACCAUCCAUGACCGUGAUGACCGGUCUCGCAGAUGAGAACCGUGACGGCGCCGACACGUGACACCGAGUUGGGGAAACCGAUCCCGCUUCCACUGUCCAUAUUGAUAAUACCCUUAUUCGCUCCUUGUCCUUACCACCCUUUACCUUUUUUAUUUUUUUUUUCUUUCACCCCCUCUCUUUCCACCGUCAUACUGGAGGGCCUUUUGUAUUUGUGGCAUACACGCUUUUUGAUUGAUCCAUUUGCCUCAAAGAGGGUAGCUGAACCUCAGUCUCUCUCCCGGCAGCAACCCGCCCUACGCCAAAUCAAUCAACAUCCUAGGGGGCGCAUUUGUUUGAAUCUUUGAUUGUUUUCGUUUCAUGGUCUGCAAAAAAAGAGGGAGGGCAAAGCAUUUUCCGGA